AUGGCCAGUCUAAUGCCAGCUACGAAGUCACCGCAUGCAUUGCAUUCCAGAAGCACGAAUAAACCAGAGGCGACGUCCGAGCAUUUGGCUUUCUAUCGCCUACUUCUAUCAGCCAUGGAAGGGUCUCAAACGAGCAUGUAUGGCGACAAUGCUCCUUGCUUGCUCAGGUCUACGCUGUCUUUACUGUUUGGCAAGACUUACUCUCAGUGGAUUUUCGCGUUCACUAAUGUUCAACGAAAAGCGUUGGGUUUUUUCUUUCUUCUUCUUCUUCUUCUUCUUCUCCCUCCUGCGGCAAGAAACGAUAGGCCAUGCAGAUAUUUAGCCACUCCGAUCAACGGCUCAUGGGUGAAAUCUACAAGUAAACAACUCGGAGCUCAGUGGCUACAACGAGUCAUGGCCCGGCGUGUGGACAACCUGCGAUUCCGGCUGAUUGCGGGACAAAAUUACUCCUCAUCAACGCUCCCGCGGUCUGCACUGCACGCCUCAAGACCGAGCCGAAGGACCUCCGCCGUCGAGGCAUGCGACACGGUUGUGGACGAGGGGUACCUCCAUCAAUAA